AUGUUAGUAGCGCUUGUCUUCACCAUUCUCGUUGGAGCGGCGGCAUGGCUGGUGUUGAGAGCACGUACUUCGGGGCCGAAACUCGAUAUACCUUACCUACAGUUUGAGGGGGACAACUCGCUACUCAGGUAUCUAAAUGACACGCGGAGCUUGAUGAGAAAGGGCUACGCCGAGUAUACCAAACAAGGCAAGGCGUUUGCGAUGUUCAACCAUGUUGACUUCCAAAGUCCGCUCGUUAUCCUCCCUCCCAAAUACUUGGAAGAGGUUAGAAGUGCUCCGCAAACAAAGCUCAGCUUCCCCAUGUCGCUCGAGAAAUUUCUACUCAACGUAUUCUCUCGCAUUACCGCGCGGUCCCUGGUUGGGCCGGAGCUUUGUGACAGGCAAGAAUGGCAAGAUAUCAUCCUCGGCUUCACCAAUAGCGCGUUCAAGGCAUCCCAUGGUGUUCGAGCUCGGUACCAUCCCUGGACUCGUUGGAUGGCUAAGUACCUUGACGGGGACGUCAAAGAUGUUUACAGGUACCGAAGGCAGGCGGGCAACCUGCUCCGGCCAAUCUUAGAGGCAAGGAAAGCCGAAUACAGGACUCGCGCGAAAGGCGAGAAGGGGAAACACGAGGAUGGUAUCCAGUGGAUCCUUGAUGCGUACCACUCUACUGGUUCGACUCUGACACCCGACAAACUUGCUCAAGAUGAGUUCAUCAUUACGAUUGCGUCGAUCCAUAGCAGCGCUGCUACCGCGCUCUCAAUUCUUUACGACCUGAUGGAUCGGCCUGAAUCUCUGGCAGAACUUCAAGAGGAGAUCUCCAAGGUUUUGAAACAGUACGGCACCUGGACACGCCAAUCUCUCGCGGCCCUACGCAUUAUGGACAGUUUCAUGAAGGAGAGCCAACGAGUGCACACCCUGCAACAGCUAACGCUUCAGCGCAUGGCGGUCGAGCCAUUUACGUUCAAGGACGGGCUUCACCUACCUGCCGGUACUCAAAUCGCACUGCCAAACGAGAUGAUUAGCCUGGAUCCCGACCUGCAUGAGGACGCUGACACCUUUGACCCCAAGCGCUUUCUGCGGAAAAGAGAGAAGAUCGACCCCAACAAAUUCCACUUUGCGUCCAUUUCAGAGGACAUGCUCCCGUUCGGAAGCGGUCUACAUGCCUGUCCGGGAAGGUUCCUGGCUCAGGACGUCAUGAAGUUGAUGUUCAUUCACCUUUUGACGCGGUAUGAGUUCAAGUAUCCCGAGGGGGUGGAUAGCCGUCCGGCGAACAUUGAACGGCAUCACAACAUCAUGCCCAAUACUGGCCUGUCUCUGUUGUUCAAGGAGAAGAAUUAG